AUGACUUUCGUCCCUGCACCUGGCUACUAUCCCAGCUACAAUCCGACGCUGCCCUUCAACAAGUCCAUCCCAGGAGGCCUGGAUGUCGGGAUGUUCAUUAACAUCGAGGGAGUGGCCAACAAGGUCAUGAAGAGGUUUGCAGUGAACUUUGCCUUGGGACCAGAACCUGAGGCCAACAUCGCCUUCCAUUUCAACCCUCGCUUUGAUGGCAGUGACAUGGUGGUCUUCAACUCACGGGAGUCAGGUCAAUGGAACAAGGAGGAGAGAAAAAGGGGCUUGCCCUUCAAAAAGGGGGAGCCCUUCGAGCUGCUGGUGAUGGUCAUGGAGGAACAUUAUAAGGUACUGGUGAAUGGAAGUCCUUUCUAUGAGUUUGGGCACCGGAUUUCCCUCCAGAAGGUCACCCACCUGAAUGUGGAAGGAGACCUGAAGCUUCAAUCCAUCACCUUUGUUGGUGGAAGUUCUACCUCCAGGAAGAUAAAGGGACCUCAUGUUCUCACUUCACAGCCUGUACCUUACGUCGUGAGCCUGCAGGGGGGCCUGACCCCAAACAGAACCAUCGUGAUCAGGGGUUUCGUCUCUCAGUCAGCCUCCAGGUUUGACAUCAACUUUAAUGUGGGCUCCACAGGGGACGUAGCCCUGCAUAUUAGUGCUCGCAUCUCUGAGGAUGCUGUGGUGAGGAAUAGUCUCCAGAAGGGCGAAUGGGGGCCCGAGGAGAGGAGCAUCUCCUACAAUCCCUUUCGUCCAGGAUUGUUCUUCGACCUGUCCAUCACUGCCAGCAUCCAUGGUUUCCAGGUGUUUGCCAGCGGCCAGCACAUCUUUGACUACAGAUACCGUAUGUUGAGCUUCACUCUGGUGAACGUGCUGCAGAUCACCGGGGAUGUCAGCCUGUCCUAUGUCCAGGUCUGA